GGCCCUCCUUACUACGCUGGCCGCCAUGGGACUAGGGCUGCUGUUCUUGCUGCUGCUGCUGCUGCUGCUCUGGACUCGGGGGACCCAGGGAUCCCCAUUGGAUCCAACUGGCCAGCACGUCUGUAUAGGCAGCAGUCCCUCUGAGAUCCAGUGCUGUCCAGGCUGGAGGCAGAAAGACCAAGAUUGCACCAUCCCCAUCUGUGAGGGACCCGAUGCCUGCAGGAAAGAUGAGGUGUGCGUGAAGCCAGGCCUGUGUCGAUGUAAACCAGGAUUCUUCGGAGCCCAGUGCAGCUCCCGCUGUCCAGGCCAGUACUGGGGCCCCGACUGCCGUGAGGCCUGCAAGUGUCACCCACGAGGCCAGUGUGACCCGGCCACGGGUGUGUGCCAGUGCCAAUCCAGCUACUGGGGUAAGCUCUGUGAGUCCACCUGCAACUGCGGCCCCCACGGACGGUGUGACUCAAAGACGGGCUUGUGUCACUGUGACCCUGGCUGGUGGUCAUCUACGUGUCGUCGCCCAUGCCAGUGCAACCCAGCAGCGCGCUGUGACCAGGCCACCGGAGCCUGUGUAUGCCCGACGGGCUGGUGGGGCCGCCGCUGCAGCUUCAGUUGCACGUGCCACACCUCGCCCUGCAUGCAGGACUCUGGCCGCUGUAUCUGCCUGGAAGGCUGGUGGGGUCCAGAGUGUAGUCGUAGGUGCCAGUGUGUGCGAGGCCAAUGCAGCGUCACUUCUGGCCACUGCUCCUGCCCUCCCGGCUUCCGUGGAGCCUUCUGCGAGCUGUCCUGCAACCCUGGCCGUUAUGGAGCGCAGUGCAGAGAAAGCUGUGGCCACUGUGCGCAGAAUACAACGUGCUCUCCAGUCACGGGCAACUGCGAGUCCUGCAAGGCGGGCUGGAAUGGGACUCAGUGCAAGCAGCCGUGUCCUCCGGGAACUUUCGGUGAGAGGUGCGGCGAGCAGUGCCCCCGCUGCUGGCUAGGGGAGCCCUGUCACACAGAAACUGGACACUGCCAGCGCUGUGACCCCGGUUGGCGAGGGCAGAGGUGUGAGAACCCUUGUCCCCUCGGUACUUUUGGGGAGGGCUGCAGCUCUGCCUGCCCCGCCUGUGUUCAGGGGACCUGUGAUGCGGUGACAGGAGACUGUGUGUGCAGUGCUGGCUACUGGGGCAUCAGCUGCAAUAGUUCCUGCCCAUCUGGCUUCCAUGGAAACAACUGCUCUACCCCCUGCCAAUGCCCAGAGGGGCUCUGCCACCCUGUGUCUGGGGCCUGCCUGCUGGGCCAUGGUGGUAAAAACGCGCUCAUCGUGGGCAUCCUGGUACCUCUGCUGCUGCUUCUCAUGGGCAUCAUCUGCUGUGCCUACUGCUGCUCAGCUACCCGACUGGACCCCAAGGACAGGCCAGAGAGAAAUGGAACUGCCUUGUUCAGAAUGAAACAGCAGGUGUGGGGGGCCCUCACCAGCCUAGGCUCAGCGCUGCCCUGUGGCUCGCUCAGUAACUACAAGCUACCCUGGGUGACAGUUUCUCACCACGACCCGGAAGUCCCCUUCAACCACAGCUUCAUCGAGCCGCCCUCUGCCGGCUGGGCCUCUGAUGACUCCUUCUCUUCUGAUCCAGACUCUGGAGAUGAGGGCGACGCUCAUGAGUACUUCAUGCCACCUCAAGAAGAGAUGGUCCCUGUGACCCGGGAAGAGCCGCCAGCAGCUAGCCUUCCUGGAGGCCCCUUCCCUCCCCCUGAAGAUGCCUCCACACCGUUCCCCAUCCCACGCACCUCCAGCCUGGCUCGGGCCAAGAGGCCAUCUGUCUCCUUCGCUGAAGGCACUAAGUUUGCACCACAGAAUGGCCGAAACUCUGGGGAUCUCUCCAGCCCUGUACGAAAACCCAAGAGACUCUCCAGAGGUGCGCAUUCGCGUCCUGAAGGGCAGGAGGCUGAGGAGUCCGCAAGCCCCGAGCAAGCAAACGCACAGGAGGAUGUUCCUACCCCCGCAAGCCCCGGAGGAGAUGCUGCCACUAGUCCCCAACACCCACCUGGUAGCCAGACAGUAGCCGAGUGUGUGGAAAGCACCGAUGGCAGCGUCCAGGAGAGCUCGGACUCUGUGGCUACAAUCUAUAUGCUAGCAGGGACACCCCAGAAACCUGACAGCCCCGUCUGGUCUGUCUUUCGUCGUUUGGGAAACUGCCAGAAAGAUCAGGCAGCACCCAAGGUCAAGAGCGCCAUCCCUAAGCCUUUACGCCGAUCUCUGGGUCGGAACCUGGGCAGCACGGGGCUGCCCCAGAGCUCUGGCUCAGCUCCAGGUGCCACGCUUUCUGCGGCCACGGAGUCCACGGCAAUUAGGCCGGAGGAAGCAUCCAAAGGUCUGGGAGAUGGCACUGAGAGCUUAGGGACGGUCCAGGAGCCAGUGGCUGCAAACAGUUCCCCGGAACAGGGUUCCCCGAAGCAGGCCGAGGAGAAAGAACAAGGGGAGCCCCUAUAUGAGAAUGUCGUGCCCAUGUCAGGGCCACCACAGCACUGAGGACCUUGAAUUUGGUGAGUGGGAAGACUGGAUGGGA